CCCAGCUGUGUUUCCCUGAAGAGUGACACAUCAAUGAACGUUCCACUCGCCUUCAAAGAGGGACCUUUUCCUACAGAUCAAAGGUAAAUGUGCAUUUAAACAAACACUGUUUAUAACACUCAGACUCUCAGUCAAAUGGCACCCAGACACAUACAAGCUAUGAAGAUUAAACACUUAUAAUAAAUGCUUCAAUUUUUACCUUUAUCAGAUUCCGUCACCUUUUAGAAUUUGAACAACAUUGGGUGUUAUUUAUAUAGAAUUCAGUAUAUAGUACAAGCUUGCCACCUUGAGCACCUGGUUCAUGCAGCCAUUUCGGGCACUUGAUACACGCCGACCACUUGGGCCACUUGGUACAUGCCGGCCACUCAGGGCACUUAGUACACGCCGGCCUCUUGGUACACUUGGUACACGCCGGCCACUCGGGUCACUUGGUACACGCUGGCCGCUCAAGGCACUUGGUACACGCCGGCUACCCGGGGCACUUGGUACAUGCCGGCCACUCAAGACACUUGGUGCACGCUGGCCACCCAGGGCACUUGGUACAUGCCGGCCACUUGGGACACUUGGUACACGCUGGCCACUUGGGGCACUUGGUACACACCGGCCACCCCAGGACACUUCAGAGAUUAAGUUGUGAGCUGAGCAUCAAGGCCCCCUGGAUCCUAAGCAUGGACAGUGAGGUAAGACAGUGAUCAGGCUCACUGGCCCCCAUCCUCCAUACGCUGACUGGCAUGUUACAAUAACACUUUCCCAGAGUGUUAAUUCAGAAUAGCGAGAAACCUUGUGCUUAUAUCACAGCUACUGCCUCACUGUGGUCAUUCAAAAGAUUGCAUUAUUUUCCCAUGUUUGUCUCAAAUACAUUCAUUUUUAUUAAAAUUACCCCUCUGUCAUUUAGACACCGAGCAUUAAUGAUGGCUAACUAACCUGUCAGAUAACAUUAGCUAUUUCAACACCUGACAAGUCAAAACAUAGCAAGCUAGCGACAACAUAACUAGCGUUGAUUGAUGUAAAUCUAGUGCAACCAUGAAAUGUAACAUGUAAAUGUAGGCCAUUUUUUAUUCACAUGCUUUAUUAUUUAAAAGUUACAGUAUUUUAACAUACAUUUCCAUGUCAGUGUCCUGUUAGCUAGCUACCUAGUGAUGUGGAUGUGGUCAUCAUCCCAGCCAGCAAGUUAGGGGGCUGCCAGGUCUACUUGACGUGACGCUCACGCUCUCGGACUUUCAUUCUCACGCAAGAAAUCUGUACAGUAAAAAAGAAAUCUGUACUGUACUGUUAUUCUGUACAGUAUCUGCAGCAACAGCAAUUUUAAUAGGGAGAUUUUCAGUCUUUCUGCUACAUUUGUGUAGAUGAAUUAAAGUCUUUAUUUAUGCCUUAUUCACAGAGACCAAAUGGAAGAAUGCGGUUCAGAUCUACAUGAUAAAUCGGGUUUAUCAUCCAUAUUGAAGUCACUUGAGGAAAAAGCCGUAAAGUUCCUGAAGGAUGAGCUAAAGAAGGUUGUGAGGUACCUAGAUCAGAAUUACCCAGAAUGCUCUGAGCCCCAGCUGAAGGAGGACAAUGACAUGGACAGUGAUGGUCAGAUGCAGAAGACCUGUGGUAGAGAGGGAGCUCUGAAGAUCACACUGUACAUCCUGAGGACCAUGGAGCAAAAUGAUCUCGCUGACGUACUGGAGAAAAGACAGCUCAUGCUGAAACAUCAGCAGGAAAUCAAAUGUAAAUUUAAGAAGCAAUUUGAGUGUGUAUUUGAAGGGAAAGCUAAGGAAGGACAGCCAACACUUCUCAAAGAGAUUUACACAGAACUCUACAUAACUGAAGGUGGGACUGGAGCAGUCAAUGAUGAACAUGAAGUGAGACAGAUUGAAACAGCAUCCAAGAAAAGGCGAACAGAAGAUACUACAGUCAAGUGCAAUGAUAUAUUUAAACCCUUAUCUGGGCGUGAGACACCAAUCAGAACUGUACUCACUAAAGGGGUCGCAGGUAUCGGGAAAACAGUCUCUGUGCAGAAAUUCAUUCUCGACUGGGCAGAAGGAAAAGCAAACCAGGAUGUUCACUUCAUAUUUGCUCUUCCUUUCCGGGACCUGAAUUUGAUUAAGGGUGAAUACAGUCUGAUUGAACUGCUUCACCACUUUUUCCCAGAUCUGAAAUCACUUGAAUCCACAGAGCUGUUUAGGUACAAAGUCUUGUUAAUCUUUGAUGGUCUGGAUGAGUGUCGCCUUCCUCUAGAUUUUCAGAACAAUGAGAGCUGGUUUGAUGUAACAAAGAAAACGUCACUGGAUGUGCUGUUAACUAACCUCAUUAAGGGGGAUCUGCUUCCAUCCACUCUCCUCUGGGUAACCUCCCGGCCAGCAGCAGCAAAUCAGGUACCUCCUGAGUGUGUCCACCAGGUGACAGAGAUACGAGGGUUCAGUGAUGCCCAGAAGGAGGAGUAUUUCAGGAAGAGAUUCAGUGAUCAGUGCCAGGCCAGCAGGAUUAUCACACAUGUGAAAUCAUCAAGGAGCCUCUUCAUCAUAUGCCACAUACCUGUGUUCUGCUGGAUUUCAGCCACUGUUCUUGAAAGGCUUUUUAUUGAUACUGAGAAGGGAGAAAUUCCAAAGACCCUGACUGAAAUGUACACACACUUCCUGAUCUUUCAGUUAAGUUUAAAAAAUGACAAGUAUAUGACAAACUAUGAAACCGAGCUUAAGGAAUCCAGCAAGGAAUUCCUUUUAAAACUUGGUAAACUGGCUUUUGACAACCUUGAGAAAGGCAAUCUCAUAUUUUAUGAGCAAGAUCUGACAAAGAAUGACAUUGAUGUCAAUAACGCUUUAGUUUACUCUGGAUUGUGCACAGAAGUCUUUAAGGAGGAAUGUGGGUUGUCUCGGGAGAAGGUGUACUGCUUUGUGCAUCUGAGCAUCCAGGAGUAUCUUGCUGCUUUAUACAUGUUUCUGUCAAACUCAUCAGCUGACCUGCUGAAGACUGCAGUGGAUCAGGCAUUAAAGAGCGAGAAUGGACACUUGGACCUCUACCUCCGCUUCCUCUUGGGCCUCUCAACAGACUUCAGUAAGACUCUGUUAAAAAGGCUACUGGGACAAUCAGGAACCAGCUCACAUAACAUUAGGAAAACAGCCAAGUACAUCAGGGGCAAAAUACAGGCGAAUUUAUCUCCAGAAAGGGCCAUCAACCUGUUCCACUGUCUGACUGAGCUGGAUGACAAUUCUCUAGUACAAGAAGUACAAAGAUACCUGAAUUCAGGAAGUCUUUCAGCAGAAGACCUCUCACCUGCACAGUACUCAGCUCUGGCCUUUGUGAUGCUGAUGUCAGAUGAGGAGCUGGAUGUGUUUGAUCUGAAGAAAUUUAUCAGAUCAGAUAAACAGCACUGCAGGCUGCUGCCUGUGGUCAAGAACUCCAGGACGGCUCUGCUGAACAACUGUGAUCUCGUAGAUAAACACUGUGAAGUGCUGACUUCAGCUCUCAUAUCAAACUCUUCCCCCCUGAGAGAGCUGGACCUGAGUGACAAUGACCUGAAGGAUUCAGGAGUGAAGCUGCUCUCUGCUGCACUGGGGGAUUUACACUGUAACCUGGAGAUAUUGAGACUGUCAGGCUGUAGAGUCACAGAAGAAGGCUGUUCUUCCCUGGCUUCAGCUCUGAGGUCAAACCCCUCACACCUGAGAGAGCUGGAUCUGAGCUACAAUCACCCAGGAGACUCAGGAGUGAAGUUGCUCUCUGCUGUACUGGAGGAUCCCAGCUGUAAACUGGAGAAGCUGCAGGUGGGCCAGUGUGAACUCACAGAGAAAUGCUGUGAGGUGCUGGCUUCAGCUCUCAGAUCAAACUCCUCACCCCUGAGUGAGCUGGACCUGAGUUGCAAUGACCUGCAGGAUUCAGGAGUGAAGAUGCUCUCUAUUGGACUGGGGGAUUCACACUGUACGCUGGAAACACUGAGGGUGUCAGGCUGUAGAGUCACAGAAGAAGGCUGUUCUUCCCUGGCUUCAGCUCUGAGGUCAAACCCCUCACACCUGAGAGAGCUGGACCUGAGCUACAAUCACCCAGGAGACUCAGGAGUGAAGCUGCUCUCUGCUGUACUGGAGGAUCCCAGCUGUAAACUGGAGAAGCUGCAUGUGGAUCACGGUGGAGAGUGCAGGACCAGACCAGGCUUACAGAAAUACUCCUGCCAGCUGACACUGGACCCCAACACAGCAAACAGAGACCUGUCUCUGUCAAGGGGGAACAGGAAGGUGACACGGGGGGGAAAGGAGCAGCCAUAUCCUGAUCAUCCAGAGAGAUUUGACGGCUGGAGCCAAGUUCUGUGCAGAAAGUUGAGUCUGACUGGCCGCUGUUACUGGGAGGCUGAGUGGGAUGGAGAUGGAGCCUGGAUAGGAGUGACUUAUAAAGGAAUCGGGAGGAAAGGAGGCAGUGCUGACUGUGUGCUUGGAUUCAAUGACAAGUCAUGGAGUCUGUGCUGUAAUCCUGACAGAUACUCUGUCUUGCACAAUGAUAAGCUGAUUCUGAUCCCCAUAGAGCCCUCAGGCUCCCGCAGAGUAGGAGUGUAUCUGGACUGGGGGGCUGGUGCUCUGUCCUUCUACAGAGUCUCCUCUGAUGGACUGACCCUCCUGUACAGAUUCACCUCCUCAUUCACUGAGCCCCUCUAUCCAGGGUUUUAUGUUUAUCCAAACUGCUCAGUGUCGCUGUGACGUGUUGCUGAUUCUCCUGGCAAAAAGGUCAAAUCUCUGCUUUUUAAACUUUAUGUUAGGUUGAAGAAACUGUUAUUAAUCAUUUGUUAUCAUUUCUGUAUAAUCAGCAAUGAGUGUAAAUAUGUAUAUACAUUAUUUUGUUUUCCUUUAUCUUCAUACUUUAGAUUAUAUUAGUUUACACGUAUCCUGAGCACGUGUUUAAAUAGUUGUCCACCUGAGGAAAACCAGAACUUCUUCUUACUCUCACAGUCCUUUCUUUGUUCUCACUCCAAGACCCCUGCGCCCCAUUGACUAUAAAUAAAGGUGCCAAAGGGAACCACCCUUUGUAACACAUUCCUUUGUAGCACAUUCUGCUGAGAGUGUGGGUACCCUUGCGCAAGUAAAACUUUAAGUGUGUUGUCUCGUAAUUAAUGGUGUGUGCAGAGUUGGAGUGGAAAGCCUGACGCUUUCUCCAACACUUUAUCAUCCUUUUUACUCUGAAAUCUAUGUUUGACAAAAAUAAAUGACUGUGUUCAGCCAUCUGAAUAAACAAGAAAAAUAUAAUUUUAUAGUUUUUCUCUCUGACUAAAAUAUAACUAAAUGUAAUCCUGAUGAGUGAAUCCCCGUAUAUGUACAUUUUAUAUGUUUAUGCCUAUUUACUGUAUUUCCUCCCUGUACAAUGAGAAUAAAGGCUUUCUGUUCUGUCCUA